AUGUUUGAUGGCGGGUUCAGUGAUUGGUCAGCCUGGGACACAUGUUCUGUUACGUGUGGUGGCGGAUCACAGAGGCGAAGUAGAACAUGUACAAACCCGGCCCCUCAGUACGGAGGAGCUGCUUGUGUUGGAGACGAGAGUCAAGUACAGGACUGCAACACCCACUUCUGCCCAAUUGACGGUGCUUUCACUGAUUGGUCGGCCUGGGACACGUGCUCUGUGACAUGUGGAGGCGGAUCACAGGGCAGGGCUAGGACUUGUACAAACCCCGCCCCUCAGUAUGGAGGUGCUGACUGCACAGGAGAUAAGUCCGAGGAACAAAAGUGCAAUGAACACCACUGCCCCAUUGAUGGAGGAUUUACAUCGUGGAAUGAUUGGUCCGCCUGUUCUGUAACAUGCGGCGGAGGAUUACAGAACCGCAGCAGAACCUGUACAAAUCCGCCACCACAAUAUGGCGGCGCUACAUGUAGUGGGGAUCCUGAUGAGAUUCAAGACUGUAACACACAAAAUUGUCCAAUUGACGGAGGUUACACUGAAUGGUCCGGUUGGGACACUUGCUCUGUCACGUGUGGUGGCGGAUCUCAGGGCAGAACAAGAACCUGUACCAAUCCGGCACCGCAGUAUGGCGGCGCAGCUUGUGUUGGAGCUGAUAACGAGGCUCAGGAUUGUAACACACAAAACUGUCCAAUUGAUGGAGGAUUCUCUGAUUGGUCCGCCUGGGACACGUGUUCUGUCACGUGCGGUGGAGGAAGUCAGGGCAGAACAAGAACAUGCACAAACCCAGCUCCACAAUAUGGUGGCGCUGACUGUACCGGUGAUCUGACAGACACUCAGGACUGCAACACUCAGAAUUGUCCAAUUGAUGGAGGCUUUACAGAUUGGUCAGCCUGGGACACGUGCUCAGUGACAUGUGGUGGCGGUUCUCAAGGUCGAUUAAGGUCAUGCACAAACCCAGCUCCUCAGUAUGGCGGAGCUCAAUGUGUGGGUGACGUUUCACAGGAUCAGGAUUGUAACACACAUAACUGUCCAAUUGAUGGCGGAUACACAGACUGGAGUGAUUGGGAUCUUUGUUCCGUCACAUGCGGUGGCGGAUCUCAGAACAGAAGCCGUAGCUGUACCAAUCCCAUGCCCCAGUAUGGAGGGGCUGAUUGUACCGGGGAUGGCGAAGAGCAUCAGGAUUGUAAUACACAAAACUGUCCUAUUGAUGGAGGCUUCUCUGAUUGGUCAGCCUGGGACACGUGUUCUGUCACAUGUGGUGGAGGAAGUCAAGGUAGAACCAGGACUUGUACAAACCCAGCACCACAAUAUGGCGGUGCCGAUUGUUCUGGUGAUCUGAAAGAAAGUCGGGAUUGCAACACAGAUUUCUGUCCAAUUGAUGGCGGUUAUACAGAUUGGACGGUUUGGGACACGUGCACAGUCACGUGUGGAGGAGGGUCACAGACACGUACACGCACAUGCACAAACCCGGCACCACAAUACGGUGGUGCAGACUGUUCCAGUCUUGGAGAUGAGUCACAAUCUCAGGACUGUAACACACAGGCUUGUCCAAUUGAUGGUAGCUUCGCGGAUUGGACAGAUUGGGAUGACUGUACUGUGUCCUGUGGAGGUGGAUCCCAGGGUCGUACCAGAACCUGUACCAACCCCGCCCCUCAACAUGGUGGGGCUAACUGUACUGGAGAUUUCGCACAGUCCCAGGACUGCAACACACAAAACUGUCCCAUUGAUGGAGGUUACACCGACUGGACACAAUGGGAUACAUGUACAGUGACAUGUGGUGGCGGUUCCCAGGAGAGAUACCGUAAUUGUACCAACCCUGUCCCACAGUAUGGAGGAGCGGAUUGUACGGGAGUGGACGCUGAGAUUCAAGUCUGUAACACAAACAACUGUCCAAUUGACGGAGGCUUCUCUGAUUGGUCAGCCUGGGACACGUGUACUGUAACAUGUGGUGGAGGAAGUCAAGGUAGAACCAGAACUUGUACAAACCCAGCACCACAAUAUGGCGGCGCUGACUGUUCCGGUGAACUGACAGAGAGACAGAAUUGCAACACAAACUUCUGUCCAAUUGAUGGAGGAUACACUAGUUGGACAGUAUGGGACACGUGCACAGUCACGUGUGGAGGCGGGUCACAGACACGCAUACGAACAUGUACUGAUCCUUCACCUCAGUAUGGUGGAGCGGACUGUUCUAGUCUUGGUGUUGCUACAGAAACCCAAGACUGUAGCACACAGGCCUGUCCUAUUGACGGGGGCUUCUCUGAUUGGUCAGCCUGGGACACGUGUACUGUCACAUGUGGUGGAGGAAGUCAAGGUAGAACCAGAACGUGUACAAAUCCAGCACCACAAUAUGGCGGUGCCGAUUGUUCCGGUGAUCUGAAAGAAAGUCGGGAUUGCAACACAGAUUUCUGUCCAAUUGAUGGAGGAUACACUAGUUGGACAGUAUGGGACACGUGCACAGUCACGUGUGGAGGAGGUUCACAGACACGCACACGUACAUGUACUGACCCCUCACCACAGUAUGGUGGAGCGGACUGUUCUAGUCUUGGUGUUGCUUCAGAAACUCAAGACUGUAGCACACAGGCCUGUCCUAUUGAUGGAGGCUUCACUGAUUGGUCUGCAUGGGACACGUGUUCUGCCACGUGCGGUGGAGGAAGUCAGAGUAGAACCAGAACUUGCACCAAUCCUAUCCCACAAUAUGGUGGCGCUGACUGUAUCGGUGAUCUGACAGAUACUCAGGACUGUAACACAGACUUCUGUCCAAUUGAUGGAGGUUACACGAACUGGACACUUUGGGACACGUGCACAGUCACAUGUGGCGGAGGGACUCAGACACGCACACGUACAUGUACCGACCCUGUACCACAGUAUGGUGGAGCUGACUGUACUGCUCUUGGCGUUUCUUCAGAAACUCAGAAUUGUAGCUCACAGCCCUGUGCUAUUGAUGGAGGCUUCUCUGAUUGGUCCGCCUGGGACACGUGUUCUGCCACAUGUGGUGGAGGAAGUCAGAGUAGAACCAGAACAUGUACAAACCCCGCACCACAACAUGGUGGCGCUGAUUGUUCCGGUGAUACAUCAGAGACUCAAGAUUGUAACACACAGGCCUGUGCUGUGAAUGGUGGCUGGAGCGAUUGGUCAGACUGGGGUACCUGUACUGUCACGUGCGGAAAUGGACAGCAGUCAAGAUCUAGGACCUGCACCAACCCAGCUCCUUUCAAUGGCGGACAGGACUGUCUGGGAGAUUCCAGUGAAUUAAAAGACUGUUCAAUGACCACGUGUGGACCACCAACCAACGGAAACAGUGGACAAUGCCCCGCGGGUUAUUUCGGCUGCUUCUCCGGAGCCAUGACAUGUGUGGAGCAGGCAUUCGUCUGUGAUUGUUCUGGUGAAUGUGACGACGGAAGUGACGAAGACGAGAAGUGGGCCGGUUGUCCUGCCGGACAUAUUAACGCUUGUGUGGCCAAGGCUGGAGCAGAGCUACCCAGAAUGGCGCCUAUGAUGACUAUUAUAUUAGUUGCUUUUGCAGUUAUAAAGAAUUUGAUUUUUUAACCUGUCCUUCACUCUCCAAAAA